AUGGAUGCAAACACUGCUCUCCCCGAGCCCGAGCCAUUGCACAUGAUCCGUACUCUGCCCUGCAUAGAUGAUUGGUCGGGGAUAUCAGACCCGGGCAAGCGCCGGAAGUUGCAGAACCGCCUGAACCAAAGAAAAUAUCGAGAGAGGCGAAAAAGAAACCCAGAUGAUACGAGCCCGGCUCGCAGUCCCACUACCUACAUACCCGAUCCGUCUCUUUGUCACAUCCCUUCCUCUGCUGACCGGGUAAUGGGCACCUACUCGUACACGCCUGGCGAGGCUAGUGUUGCAGCUGUAUGGGCCGUGGGAUUAGGAACUAAGUGCUGCGGUGGAUUCGUUGGUCAUGGCCGUCUGGGCGCCGGCCAAGUCAUUCCUGGGAACAAUUGCCAGCUAGGUAGCGAAGAGAGCAUGUUGAUGAUCAAACAACAGACUGAGGUGGCAUGGUGCGAAUACGUCACGGGCAAGAUUAUUCUCCGACGGCUCCCGACCAUACUAAGCAUCAAUGUCUUCCACGCAUUGGCCCGCAAUGCGAAAGACCUAGGUGUCGAAAAGAGUUGGAUGAUUUACGACUCUGUCUCGUCUUUUUACAGCCAGGGAGCGCGAAUGGCAGUGCCCGCAAUACCCUCAGCUACCCCCCCUUGCGCACACAACCUCUACCCUACCGAUCUGCAAAGGACUGUGGAACACCACCCAUGGAUCGACCUGUUUCCUUUUCCUCGGAUGCGCGAUAACAUCUUGAGUGCUAUUGCAAGUGAUGGCAUCGACGAAGAUGAUCUAUGCUACGACCUGUGCGACGUGGACGAGACCGGACCACUGCCAAAAGCUUCGCUGAUAAUCUGGGGCAACGCGUGGGAUCCGCGGGCCUGGGAGGUGUCAGAAGGGUUUUGGAGGAAGUGGGGCUGGAUUCUUGAUGGCUGCGAAGAGAUGAUGGUGACUACUAAUUAUUGGAGGCAGAAGAGAGGGGAGAGGCCUAUCUUAGCUCUGCAACGUGCCAAACGUGAUGUCAAGUCGGUUGGGGUUGUGGAUGACGAACAAAGCUUAUGA